GCUAAUGUCCUAAAUGUUAACGAAUAACGACGACGGCUCAAAAUAGAAGAACACCGUCCGGAAGUGUCUCAAGAAACACGACUAAACAGGACGAUCAGCUCCCUGGUGAACAUGGGCCGCCACUUUGGAAAUUUGGCCAAGGUCAGGCAUAUAAUAACAUACAGCAUAUCACCCUUUGAGCAGAGGGCUUUCGCCAACUAUUUCUCAAAAGGAAUUCCCAAUGUGUGGAGAAGAUUCACAGCUUCUUUCUUCAAAGUUGCACCUCCUAUGACCCUCAUGUAUUUGACCUACACUUGGGGCAACCAUGUCCAUCAGCAGAGCAAGAGGAAGGAUGCUGCUGACUAUGAGAAUGAUGAAUGAACUUCUGCCACCUAUCAGAAACCUGCUGUCUGUUAUUUCCAACCCUACAUUUAACCAAUAAAGAUGAACAAUAUUUAUGUGAAA